AUGGAGCUGAGCGACGUGGUUGGCGGAAAUGCCGUGCCUGACGGCGACCAUCUGGCUGGCCCGUGCGACAUGGACGGCGGCAUGGACGGCGACCUUUUGGAGGGAGACGACGUUCUUGGCGCGUCGUGGGAUGCGUGCGACCACACCGGCAAUCUCGAGGCAAUUCUCAGCAUUCGGCCGUCACCGUUCCGCCGAGUCCCCUCGUCGCCCGCCUUCUCCCCCGCUGCUCCCGCCGCCACCUCGUCCCCGUCGCCCUCCCAUCCCUGCGCCUUCCCACCCGCCCCUCCCACCCAUCGCACCGUCCCGUACCCCUCCCAACCGGGCCUCCCAUUCCCGCCCGGCCACACUCCUUUCCCCGCGCCCGCACUCGCGCCCGCGCCCGCGCCAUCCGCGCAGCGCGGGCUGCCGGCCUAUCCGCGCCUGCCCUUCUUCCCCAACUACCACCAGGCCUAUCCCGCAGCCGCGCUUCCCCUUCCCCCCAUGCCUGCAAGCUUCUUAGCUGGCACUGCUGGUGGCGCGGCCUCUGCAAGCAGUGCUGCCGCUGCUGGCGCCACUGGUUCUGCUUUUAGCGCCACUGGCGAGGUAGCGGGGGCUGGUGCUGCUGGCGCAUCAGCCGGUGCCGUGCCAGGAGCCGCGAAUGCUGCAGCGAAGGUAUCAACGCCAACUCGGAUCCCUGCAUCUGCUGCACUGAACGCACCCGUCAACGCAGCUGUCAGCGCAUCCUUAGAAGCAUCUUCAGCAAAUGCUGCCGUUGGCCCAGUGCCUGCUCGCAUGCCUGCUCGCGCUCUCAUGUCCUUCCCUGGAGGCACCAUGAUGCCAGCACCCGCGUUCUUCCCGGGAAGCAGCAUGGGUCACCCAUACCCUCCUGCAUUCUUCUACCAAUCCAGGCUGCACGCGGCUGCAUCAGCAGCAUCAGCUCCGACUGCAUCUGCUGCAUCUGCACCUACAGCUUAUACUCCUGCGUCUGUUCGUGCUCCUGCUGCUGCUGCGGCGGCGGCGGUGGCAUUGCCUCCCACGCGAGGAGAGCGAGGAGGAUUCGCAGGCACAGCAGGAAGCGCGAAAGGUGCUCAGCACGCUGGUGGCGGCGACAGCCGCCCUUGCACGUCUGCUGGCGCUGUUGGCAGUGCAUCAGGUGGCACGCAGCCAGCUGGCGCUGUUGCUGGCGCUGUUGGCAGUGCAUCAGGUGAUGCAGCGGCACCAACUGCAGCUGCCGCCACCACCGCACGCGAAACGUCAAACCCGGGUGAAUCUUCUCGUCCUGUCCAGGCUGAUGCCUCACUCCCUCCUUCCCCACCUGCUGCUGCUGCUGCUGCUGCUGCUGCUGCUGCAGCAACAGACUCGAGUGGAAACCAAAUAGGACGUGAUUGUAACGAGGGUAAGAGGGCCCGUGAGGCACAGCAGCAGGAGGAGGUGGAGGCGGGUGGAACGGACGCAGCUGGAGAGGGGCGAAGCAAACGUCUCAAGGCGGCGGAUGAGACAGUGAUGUCAGCGCCUGAGGGAGAAGCAAAGGCAGAGGAUGCGACCAUGGAAGAAGCAGCAGUGAAGGUGGAACAGCAGGAUGGGUCUCAGGCGAAGGAGCCCUCACUGCAAUGUGCGACUGCUUGUGGCGACCCAGCAGCAAGAGCGUCAGCAAGAUCGUCAUCAGGAGGAGCAGGGCCAGUGGUGGAACGGGCUGUUUCAAUGGACGGCAGGGAUGCAGCCACGGACAUUGAGUCUGCCACCUUGGGCCAGCUCUACUCUACCAUUGCUCAGUCCAUGGGAUUUAAGUCGUUGCGCUUCUCCUCUAACGGAUUCCUUUGUGCAUCUUCUUACCCCUGUGCAGCUCGCUCCUUCCAGCUCGACGCCAACACCCGUGACUGCAUUCGCACUGCCCUUGUCCGCCUUGCCACCAGCGCUCAAACCCGUGUCAUGAUGCAAUCCGUUGCCACCGCCACCACCGCUCUUCCUGCUGCUUCUCUGCGUCAUCCUUCUGCUGCUGGCGGUAACGCUUCUGAGACUGCUGUUGCUGCUGCGGUGGCUGUGUCAAGAUCAACCAGUGUCUCUGCUGUGCCUUCUGUUGGCGAAGCUGCCAACCCCAAUGCGCCAAGCCGCACCUCUCAAACAGGCCAGGAGGAUUUGAAUCCCACUGCCACUGCGGAUGCUGCCUCCCCUGUCACGCCUGUCACUGCCAGUGGAAAGCAACAGCAGCAGCGUCAACCACACGCGCAGCAACAGCAGCAGGAGAAACAAGAACUCGGGCAGCAGCAGCAAGUCGCUUCCGAAGCCCAGUCCAACAGCCCUGUUCCUGACUCCAACGCUGUCGACCGUGUGAUUGCCAAGCUGCUAUUCAUGGCGCCACCCACCCCCACCUCCACCCACUCCUUCUCCUCAUUGUCCCCUUCCUCCUCGCACUCCACCCACCCAGCAGCUUCAAUCUCUCACGCUCCAUCCCACUCACACGCGGCCUCGACUCUCCUCGUGCACUCCCACUCCGCCACCUCCCUCACUGCCUCUUUCUGCUCCUCUGCUACCCCCACCUCUGUUCCGCAAACCUCAUCCACGCCCCAUGCUCACGGGACCAGCUCGCUGCACCCCCCUCCCCUCGCUCCGCCUCCUCCUCCUCCGCCGCCGCCGCCUGCUGCUCUCCCUCACCCUCCUCACACCCGCUCCUCUCCGUCAUCGCGAGCAGCAUUCCCUGCCAUGCCUCCCUCCUUUCCUCACUUGUUGCAGCCGUCACCGACCCUUCCUCCAUUCCGCCAGUCCCCACACGCCCCCCAUUACUCUGCCAUGUUCCCUUUCACUGCCUGCUUCCUACCCUGCUGCUCUGCUCCAGAUGCCUGCUCCUACCCUCACCACCAGAACCCCUCCCAACCUUCCUCACUCCAUCCCUACCCCACACCUCCGCAACAUGCUCACCUCGUUCCACUCUCUUCUGCUGGGCCCCGAAACUGGAUGACGUGGCAUGGUCAGAGCCAGCCGGCUGGCAAGAUGUGGGUCGUUCCAGGUCAGCAUUCCCGUGCUGCUGGGGCGAUGAUGCCUGCUGCUUCAUUAGCAUAG